AUGAGGAACGAAUUGAAGCAGAACCAGAGUCACCGUUCGAUCCUUGACUUGUUUCACCUUAAUCCAGCAACCCAAAAUGAACGACUCAUCUGCAUCUAUUUGUUCCUCAUGUUCCGUUUUCUUCCUUACUCCGCUGCACAGAGUAGUAAUCAACCGUCACCUGUCGUUCUCUAUAACAACGGCUACCCUUUCAACCCAUCGGUAGUAAUCAUAAUCAUCGUUAUCGUAAGCGCCUUCUUAACUUUGUUCUUCAUCUCCGUCUGCCUCCACCGGUGCUACCGGAUUGAAAACGAUGGAAACACUCCUCUUAAUGACGUGGAAGGCCGAAUAUCACGUAGAGACUAUCGAGGACUCAACCCGGCCCUGAUGGAGAAUUUACCAACCUUUGCUUACUCACAUGUGAAGGAUCACAAAUUGGGAAAUGGAGCUCUGGAAUGCGUGGUUUGCUUGACCGAGUUCGAAGAUGAAGAUAAGAUUCGAUUGCUUCCAACGUGUGAUCAUGUCUUCCAUGCCGAAUGCAUUGAUGCUUGGUUAUCUAAACGCACAACCUGCCCAGUCUGCCGAGCUAAUCUCGUUCCUUUACCGGCCGAAACUCCCGCAACUAUUGUACCGGUACAUGACAUAGAAGGUGAUGAUUCGGAUGGGGAAAUCCCGAUAUCGGAACCAGUGGAGGUAGAGAACGAGCAAGUUUCGGUUGAUGUAAUAAACGAAGAACCACAGGUUGGGGUGACAGUGGCAAUGUCACCGGAGGUAAUUAAUCAGACACCAAUGCAGAACCGGACAAUUAGAUCGAUGAAACCGAGAUACGCGGGGAGAUUCCCACGGUCGCAUUCGACGGGUCACUCGCUGGUCCAACCGGGAGAAGAUGUCGAGCGGUUCACCCUUCGGCUUCCGGAAGACGUGAGGAAGCAAAUCAUGAAGAUGAGGCAGUUGAAACGUACUAGGAGUAUGGAGGCGUUACCAGGGUUACAGAGUCCGAGGAAGGGUUACCGGGUGACCGAUGAAAGCAGUAGCAGAGGAGGGAAAUCGAUAGGGGAGAAACCGGAAGGGUGGGUUUUCUCGAGGACACCACCUUUCAUCAUGAAAGCCUUUUCUCCUCGGUCGCCGAAGAUGAUAGCAGAAGGAGAUGUCCCGGUGACUCCUCCUCGUCCUAAACCUUUUAGGUCGCCUUUGCGAGUGUGCAAGAAAGCUGAUGGAACUGAACUGUCGUUGAUUCGCUCUCCGGUUUGA